GUUGAUCAUCAAGGCAUACAAUUCAAACUUGCAACCUAACCAAGUUUGAAUAACAUCAAUACUAAAAGGCACACAUGUAUCCCCACUAGUAUAUAUCACAGAGCUAUAUUUCAAAUUCAUAUUCAGAAACUUCCCACCAUCACCUACCGCCAUUCAAACCAUCACUACCACCACCAACAUUACCACAGGAGCCACCACUAGGUCCACCAUGCAGCUAGACCGUCACCUGUGCUUCAUUUUACCAGCAGACUUCGAUAAGACUGAGCUGGUGGAUCAGAAAAAAGUCCAUACACCAGCUAAGACAGAUUCAUCCCAUCGUCACUGCGGAGUUCAGAUUCUUGAUUUCCUCCGCCAAUCACUUCACCGAUUCUUCGACUCGAAAUGGGUUGUUUUUUGUCACCAAGGAGCACCAAAAAAACAACCCUCAAGCUUGUUCCAUGAUAUGGAAGGAGUUCAACUCUCAGAAAAGAUUGGUGGCAACAAUCCGCGGAUAUUCAGCUAUGCUGAACUCUACGUAGGGUCCAAUGGGUUCAGUGAGGAUGAAGUUCUUGGCAGUGGAGGAUUUGGAAAAGUAUAUAGAGCAGUUUUACCAAGUGAUGGAACAGUUGCUGCUGUGAAAUGCUUGGUGGAGAGAGGGGAGAGGUUUGAGAAGUCAUUUGUGGCUGAGUUAGUGGCAGUGGCUCAUCUCCGCCACCGGAACCUCGUCCGCUUCCGUGGGUGGUGUGUUCACGAAAAUCAGUUGCUUCUUGUCUAUGACUACAUGCCCAAUCGGAGUCUUGACAGAGUUCUUUUCAAAAGACCUGAAAAUAUGGGGUCAGCAUCUCUUAAUUGGGAGCGUAGAAGAAAGAUUGUUAACGGUUUGGCAGCUGCACUGUUUUACCUCCAUGAACAGUUGGAGAAUCAGAUCAUACACCGGGAUGUGAAGACAAGCAAUGUGAUGCUCGACUCGAAUUAUAAUGCACGACUAGGUGAUUUUGGCCUAGCUAGGUGGCUUGAACAUGAACUUGAGUACCAAAUCCGGACACCAUCAAUGAAGAAUCACCAGUUUCGGCUUGCAGAGACAACCAGAAUUGGUGGUACAAUUGGGUAUUUGCCACCGGAAAGCUUCCAAAAACGGGGUGUUGCCACUGCAAAAUCUGAUGUUUUCAGUUUUGGGGUAGUAGUUUUGGAGGUGGUUUCAGGACGACGAGCAGUGGAUCUCACAUAUUCAGAUGAUCAGAUCAUUUUGCUUGAUUGGAUCAGAAGGCUAUCUGAUGAGGGGAGGCCUUUAGAAGCAGGGGAUACUCGGCUUGCAGAUGGGUCUUACAAGCUUUCUGAUAUGGAAUGCUUGAUUCAUCUCGGUCUACUAUGCACGCUUCAUGACCCGCAAUCAAGGCCCAACAUGAAAUGGGUUUUGGAAGCACUUUCAGGUAAUAUUUAUGGCAAAUUGCCUGGUCUUCCAUCAUUUAAAGCCCACCCCCUAUACAUUUCCUUGUCCUCCCCAACCAAUAGUAGCACUAGCAACAACACCAACACGAGGUCUGCCACCACCACCACCACCACAACCACUACCACGGUUACAUCCAAUUCAUCAAACUUUGUCACAGCCACCGGAGAAACCGUAUAUGCAACUGCUGAAUAUGGAGAUUCUCAUGUCAGCUCGUCAGAAAAGAGCCGCUGCCAGUCGAACACUUUCCCAAUGGUUCAAAUCCCACGUGAAAUAAACUUCAAGGAAAUUGUUUCUGCCACAAAGAAUUUCUCAGAUUCUAGAAGGGUAGCAGAGCUAGACUUCGGAACUGCCUACCAUGGCUUCCUUGAAAACCGCCACCACAUCCUGGUUAAGAGGCUAGGUAUGAAGACAUGCCCUGCAUUGCGGAUGCGUUUCUCGAAUGAACUUCAGAACUUAGGCAGUCUCCGCCACCGAAACCUGGUGCAGCUUCGUGGAUGGUGCACUGAGCAAGGAGAGAUGCUUGUCAUCUACGAUUACAUGGCAAAUCGUCUUCUAAGUCAUCUCCUCUUCAAUCAUGAUCAUAAGACAUUGCCUUCAAUGCUAAGAUGGCACCACCGAUACAACAUAAUAAAGUCACUUGCUUCUGCUGUACAAUAUAUCCACGAGGAAUGGGAUGAGCAGGUUAUUCACAGAAAUAUUACUUCAUCUUCCAUAAUUCUCGAUCCAGACAUGAACCCAAGGCUCAGUUCCUUUGCACUUGCAGAAUUUUUGACACGUAAUGAGCAUGGCCAUCAUGUGGUUGUCAACAAAAAUAGAUCAGUUCGUGGGAUUUUUGGGUACAUGUCACCUGAGUAUGUUAAAUCUGGUGAAGCAACCACUAUGGCUGAUGUCUAUAGCUUUGGCAUAGUGGUGCUUGAGGUGGUUAGUGGACAGAAGGCUGUUGACUUCCGGCAUCCUGAGGUGCUUUUGGUGAGGAGAGUCCAUCAAUUUGAAGCACGAAAAAGGCCUUAUGAAGAAUUGGCCGAUUGGAGGUUGUGUGGAGAGUACGAUCAUAAGGAACUGGUGAGGCUGGCGAAAUUAGGAAUGGCAUGCACACGCUCCAACCCAGAAUUAAGACCAAGUAUGAGGCAGAUUGUCAGCAUACUCAAUGGCCAUGACAGGUGCUUCACGGAAGAAGGCCAAAAGACGGAGAGAAGGGAAGAAUGGAAGCAAAUAAAUGCUUCUUGCUUGUCACAUAUAAGGAGAAUCCAAGCUUUAGGAAUACAAUGAAACUCAACCACGACGAACAACAAUGGCAUAUAGAUAGUUAAGCAAAAUGGAAUUCUUCUGUUGGUUUGAGGAUGCUUCCAAUUUUCUAUAAUCCUUCUAUUUCAUUGUUUCCUUGUUGGAGAUUUGUAAAUUGUGUUAGGUUGUUCAAGUAAUUAGCAAGAGAGAAGUGUGCCUUGAGUUGUAUCUUUGUAAUGAUUAGUAAUAUUUUGGCU